GUGUGCACGCGUGUGUGUGCACGACGCGGCUGCUGGCGGCCCCGGCUGGCGCUGGCCGGCGGCGGCGGCAUGGACAAUCUGCUGGACAACCCCGUGCGGGCCGUGCUGUACCUGAAGGAGCUGACGGCCAUCGUGCAGAACCAGCAGAGCCUCAUCCACACCCAGCGCCAGCGCAUCGACGAGCUGGAGAGGCGACUGGGCCAUCUGAGCGCCGAGAACCGCAGCCUGUGGCAGCAGCAGCAGCAGCAGCAGCAGCAGCAGCAGCAGCAGCAGCCGUUGCAGCAGGCGUUGCAGCAGCUGCAGCCGUUGCAGGCGGAGGAGGGCCGGGCCUACCCCGCGGCCCCCGGCCCGGAGGGCAGCCCGGAGGAGGACGGACAGCUCCCGCCGUCGCUGCAGCACCAGGGCCAGCACCUGGCGCAGCCCCGCCUGGGUACCACCAACCGGGCAUCCCUGCAUCCGCAGCAGCCAACGGGGCCCGCGCAGGCCCCGGCCGAGGGGGAGAGGGAGCGACCACCCGGCUGUUGCGCGGCCGCCGGACCCCCAGCCCCCUCCUCCUCCUCCUCUUCCUCCUCCUCCUCCUCCUCUCUGCUCCAGACGAAAGCCCCCGCCGCCCUGGCCAAGGGCGCCCUGAGCCGGAGACCAGAGAAUGAGACGGUGCUGCACCAGUUCUGCUGCCCAGCCGCUGACGCAGAGCAGAAACCGUCACCCCAAAGUGUGGACCCCUGCCGGGCCGGGGGCGCUCCCGAGGAACCAGCGGCGGCUGGCAGACCCAGUGGAGACGCGGCGAAGGCCCCAGCCCUGGACCUGCAGGAGCAGGAGGAGGAGGAGGAGGAGGAGAAGGAGAAACGGCUGGGGGCGACGGGGGUCUCUCCCCCGGUGCCGAAGGCCAGCCUCCACCACACAGCCUCCCCAGGGCGGCAGCAGAGGGGCAGGGGGGCGGGCCGCUGCUCCCACAGUCCGGCCACCUCCGAUUACGAGCUCUCCCUUGACCUAAAGAAUAAGCAGGUUGAAAUGCUAGAAUAUAAGUACGGGGGUCACCUGGUGUCCCGGCGGGCGGCCUGCACCAUCCAGACGGCCUUCCGCCAGUACCAGCUCAGCAAGAACUUCGAGAAGAUCCGCAACUCCCUCCUGGAGAGCCGGAGGCCCCGCCGCAUCUCCCUGCGCCAGCUGCGGGUGCAGAACGCGGAGGGGCCGGGGGGCGACGGCUCCGGGCUGCGACCCCCGGCCCUGGCCGCCCCCGCCCCCCUGACCGAGCUGGAGGACUCGUUCACGGAACAGGUGCAGUCGCUGGCCAAGUCCAUCGACGAGGCGCUCAGCACGUGGAGUCUGCAGGCCAUAUGCUCCCUCCAGGAGGGCGGGGGAGGGGGCUCCGGGGGUCCGGGGGGCUUUCGGCUCCCGGAGGCCCUCGGCUCGAGCUCGGCGGGCCCGGGCCCGGAGACGGAGGGGGUCUCCGGAGAGGGGUCCCUGCCCCAGAGUCGCAGCACCCUCAUGAUGGCCUUCCGAGACGUCACGGUGCAGAUCGCCCACCAGAACAUCUCCCUCUCCUCCCUGUCCGUGGCCAACUGCCUGGCCGGGGGAGAGGCCCAGGCCGAGACCCCGGAGACCCCCGGCGGCGACCCUCCCACCACGGGCCUGGGGGUCGAGGGGCCGGAGGGGGAGGAGGGCCGGGCGGAGGGAGGUGCGGAGGCCGGGAGCCCCUCGGAGCCUCCAAGCGGCAGCGGGGCGUCCAUCACGUCGCCCAAGGCGGGCUCGGAGGCGUCGGGCUCCAAAGAGGCGCUGCAGGCCAUGAUCCUCAGCCUGCCCCGCUACCACUGCGAGAAUCCGGCCGGCUGCAGGUCGCCCACCCUCUCCACGGACACCCUGCGCAAGCGUCUCUACCGCAUCGGCCUCAACCUCUUCAACAUAAACCCGGACAAGGGGGUCCAAUUCCUCAUUUCCCGGGGCUUCAUCCCCGACACCCCCACUGGCGUGGCUCACUUCCUGCUGCAGAGGAAGGGUCUCAGCCGCCAGAUGAUCGGCGAGUUCCUGGGGAACAGCAAGAAGCAGUUCAACCGCGAUGUGCUGGAUUGCGUGGUGGAUGAGAUGGACUUCUCCUGCCUGGAGCUGGACGAGGGCCUACGCAAAUUCCAAGCUCACAUCCGCGUGCAAGGGGAAGCCCAGAAGGUGGAGCGGCUCAUUGAGGCCUUCAGCCAGCGGUACUGCGUGUGUAACCCGGACGUGGUACAGCAGUUCCACAACCCUGACACCAUCUUCAUCCUGGCCUUCGCCAUCGUCCUGCUCAACACGGACAUGUACAGCCCCAACAUCAAGCCCGACCGUAAGAUGAUGCUGCAGGACUUUAUCCGCAACCUGCGAGGGGUGGACGACGGUGCGGACAUCCCCCGGGAUCUGGUGGUGGGCAUCUAUGAGCGGAUCCAGCAGAAAGAGCUCAAGUCCAACGAGGACCACGUCACCUAUGUCACCAAGGUGGAGAAGUCCAUCGUGGGCAUGAAGACGGUGCUGUCGGCGCCGCACCGGAGGCUGGUGUGCUGCAGUCGCCUGUUCGAGGUGGCGGACCUCAACAAGCUGCAGAAGCAGGCCGCCCACCAGCGCGAGGUGUUCCUAUUCAACGACCUGCUCGUGAUCCUCAAGCUGUGCCCUAAGAAGAAGAGCCCCUCCACCUACACAUUCUGCAGGGCCGUGGGCUUGCUGGGGAUGCAGUUCCAACUCUUUGAGAACGAGUACUAUUCCCACGGGAUCACCUUGGCGACACCGGCUUCGGGCUCCGAGAAGAAACAGGUGCUCCACUUUUGUGCGCUGGGGUCGGAGGAGAUGCAGAAGUUUGUGGAUGACCUGAAGGAGUCCAUCGCCGAGGUCAUGGAGCUGGAGCAGAUUCGCAUCGAAUGGGAGCUGGAGAAGCAAAAUGGUGCCAAGACCCUCUCACUCAACUCACACAGUGCCCAGCUGGUCCCACAGUCGAAGCCAGGAUCUCCUUCAGGCCAGCAGGAGGUGAGCGAGAAGACGGAGGACAGCCCGGCGGAGGUGUCAAUUCACAACAGGCUUCAAACGUACCAGCAUCGACAGUCGUCAUCGGGGCCGGAGAGGGGAGGUCCGUCCUUGUCGCCAGCGCCAGGGCCGGGGUGGCAUCCUAGCCCUCCUCGAGAGCUGCCGGUGCCCGCGCCCCCGGGCACCGUGGUCCAGUGCCAGCAGAUCGUCAAGGUUAUUGUCCUGGACCAGCCCUGCCUGGCCCGCAUGGAGCCGCUGCUCAGCCAGGCUCUGGCUUGCUACAACGCUUCGGCCACCCCGAGGCGUGGGCCUGGCACGCCGGGCAAGGCAGGACACCGCCCCCCGCUGCCCCCGCCGCCGCCCCCCUACAACCACCCGCACCAGUAUUGCCCCCCAGGGCCCUUGCUGGCCCAGCGCCGCUAUUCCAGCGGCUCCCGCAGCCUCGUGUAGCCGUCCUCCGACCCCCCACAACGGACCCCUGCCCAUCCCACGCCCCAGGACCCCUGCACCACUGCUCCAGCCUCGUGUAGCCGCCACCGGACUCGCCCCCAGCCCCUGCCCCGUCCCCCCUCCCUCUUGGGCAACCCCCCGCCCCAGCUGCUACCUCCCCAGCUGCCAGUAAUCCCAGUGGUUUGUUUGGGGGAGGGUUAGAGGGAUCCCCAUCCUUCCCUGGACCCAGGUCCGAGCCAGUCUCCCUCACUCUCAGGGGGCCCAUCCCCCAUCCCUCCCCCAGCUUUGGGCAGCCACAUACAGCAGACCCUUUCCCAAUGGCAGGAGAGCAGACCCCCCUCCUCCCCAGUCUCCCUUCCACCUGUUCUUGGGGUACCCCGGCCCAGCUGAGUUUGGGGUCUCAGAAUGCCUCACCUUAGGAGAAAGAUGAGACACUGAGGCUGCCGCUGUGAGCAGCAAAGGGGCUCCCCAUUUUACAACUGUUGGGUUCCGGGGGAGCUAGGGGCUGCUCCCUAAGGAGAGCUGGGGACUGAUUUCCUUGGAUGCCUCCCUGACUCCCGAGGGGCACUGGCAUUCCUGCCCUGAGUCCCCCCGGGAGCUCUCCGGCUUUGUCCCCUGGGCUGGGACAGGAUCCCCCCACCCUUCUCCCACGGCCCCUCACACCACUCCACCCCACGAGGGAAAUGGCGAUGAUUCUCCAGAUUUAUUGGGGCUCAGAGAGGAGGGCUGAUUUGCACUCAUGCCCACAGCUGAGCGGAGGACAUGAGGUUCCUGGAAAGACCUUCCCCAGUAUCUCUGAGGGGCUUUGGGGUGCGAGGGGCUUUGGGGUGCAGGAGAUUUUUGGAUUCCGAGCUCCCCGCAAACCUGCCCCGAAUCCCCUGCUAUCCUGCCCCUUCUGCUCCACCGACAAUGACCUCAGCCCCCGGAUCCACUCCCUCCCCUGCCUGAUUCACCCCCGGUUUCCCGGCCACAUCUUGGGGAGUGGGAGAGCCUGGGGCAGGGACCCCCCCCACCACAAGGGGUGGCCACUUUGCUUCCAUGCACCUU